AUGUCCAGCACAUCCCACACCCAGGCGGGCAGUGGCCGGACACCCCCGGGGCAGGAUGGGGGUCCCCUGCCCCUGUCCGGGCUCCAGGGGGCCCUGGGGGUCCUGCAGACCCCGGCCCAGGCCCAGGCCUCCGUGCAGCCCAACUUCCAACAAGACAAGCCUGCCCGCAGGAAAGACCGGUGUGAGACCCGGAGCCUGCUGCUGCGGCCAGCGGGCCCCCCCGGCUGCUACAGCUACACGAGUCUCCACUGGGGCAGCUCGCAGGACGUGUGGGUGGAGGAGACGGAUUACGGAGAGUACGCUCUGCUCUACGCCGUGGGCUCCGGAGACCACGGCUUCCACAUGGCCACGCUCUACAGCCGCACCCAGACCCCGCGGGCUGCCGUGAAGGAGAAAUUCACCACCUUCGCCCGGGCCAAGGGCUUCACAGAGGAGGACAUUGUCUUCCUGCCGAAGACGGAUAAGUGCCUGGAGGAGCAGCAGUAGGCGGGGACCCAGGCCCCUUGACCCGGCCU